AUGUCAUCGAUACCUCUCGCCGUUACACGGGCAGGCAGAAUUUUCGGCCUAUUGGUGGCGCCUUCCUUCGCAAGCCUCAUUGCGGCCGCCAUCGUUGGCUCCGUUCCAGCACUCAAGGACGCUUUCUUCACGAGCGAUGCUUUUAUCAAAAAUUCCUUCGUCAGCGCAACAUCUCAGUUAGCAGAUGUCGCAAUCGAAAUAUGGUUGGUCGUGAUAGGUGGCCGCGCUGCCCGGAAUGCCACGGCGUCAUAUACAUCUGCACAAGGCGAGCUCCAAGAUGACCUGUCAACACUGAUACUGAUCUCACUGCUUGCAAAAAUGUUGCUACCAGUCCUCUUUAUGAGCUCAUUUCUGGCUCUUCUUACCAGAAACGAAUGGGCUCUUGUGUCUAAUGACCCAUCACUCCUACUUGUCAGCAUUUUAGUCGCUGGCUCUCCCAUUGCCUACGAGUUGAUGGACGUCUUCCAACGAAAGGGGAUCUGGCCCGGCUUGAUGCCCCGAAUUGUUUCCCAGGCAUGGACAGUUUGGUAA